AAAAUCCUGUCAUCGAGUUCUGCCUAAUCAUGAACUCUUUCGCUAAUCGUUUCUCUACCAAUACCACUCAGUUGCACAGCCCAGAAGAGGACAACUUUUCAGAUGCAACUUGGGGAUCCCAGGCAGGCUUUGGGAAUAUCGCGAUGGGUGUACCUACUUUCUCUAUCCCUGACGUUGCAGACCCCACCUCCUUUUUACAACUGCACACAGAUGAUCACGCCGAUCCAAAUUGCAGAAUUAAAAUUCAGCAUGGAACUACCACCCUUGCUUUCCGUUUCCAAGGCGGCGUCAUUGUUGCGGUAGACUCGAGAGCUACUGCGGGAAGCUAUGUCGCCUCGGGGACCGUGAAGAAAGUCAUAGAAAUCAAUCCCUAUCUUCUUGGAACUAUGGCUGGUGGCGCAGCUGACUGUCAAUACUGGGAGACGUAUCUAGGGAUGCACUGCCGCUUACACGAACUUCGAAAUAGGGAACGUAUCUCUGUAUCAGCAGCCAGCAAGUACUUGAGUAAUUUGGUAUACAGCUAUAAAGGAAUGGGAUUGAGCAUGGGUACUAUGAUUUGUGGUUGGGACAAGACAGGCCCUGCAGUUUUCUAUGUUGACUCAGAUGGUACUCGUCUCAAGGGUGACCUCUUCUCAGUAGGCUCCGGAAGCACCUUUGCAUACGGUGUUCUAGAUCAAGGUUACCGCUGGGACUUAACAGAUGCUGAAGCUCAGGAACUUGGAAGACGAAGUAUCUACGCAGCAGGCCACCGCGACGCCUUCUCUGGUAACUCGUGUAACCUGUACCAUGUCAAAGAAGAUGGCUGGCACUUCAUCGGAAACUAUGAUAUUUCAAAGCUUCAUUACGACGGUCCUGGCGAUGUCCCAGGUGCACCGGAGGGUGGCUAUGGAUAUGAUAUUCGCGUGGAGGGCCUCAGCUCUGCUAACCCACCCGAAGCUGCUGCAUCAGCGUAGAAGUGACAUCUGUAAAUUGUACCAAUAUGAUUCCUCUUUUCCAGGA